GUCAGCAACAGGUGGAUGUUGAGUGACCCACUCUGUGACGCAUGGGUGGCUUCGGACGUCUUGGCGUGUACGGCCUCCAUCUUAAACCUUACAGCUAUUAGUGUAGACAGGUGAGUACAGGUGUGUCAAUACAACUCUUACUGCCGACAGGUUAGCACAGGUGUGUCAUUACGGAUAUUAGUGUAAACAGGUGUGUACAGGUGUCUCAAUACAACUCUUACUGCAGACAGGUGAGCACAGGUGUGUCCUUACAGCUAUUUGUGUAGACAUGUGAGUACAGGUGUGUUUUAGAGCUAUUGGUGUAGACAGAUUAUUACAGGUGUAUUAUACAGCUAUUAGUGCAGAAAUGUGAGUACAGGUGUGUCAAUACAACUCUUAGUGCAGAGAGGCUAGCACAGGUGUGUCCUUACGGAUAUUAGUGUACACAGGUAAACACAGGUGUGUCCUUACAGCUAUGUGUGUAGACAUGUGAGUACAGGUGUGUUUUAUAGCUAUUAGUGUAGACAGAUCAUUACAGGUGUGUUAUACAGCUAUUAGUGUAUACAGUUGAGUACAGGUGUGUCAUUGCAGCUAUUAGUGUAGACAGGUGAGUACAGAUGUGUCAUUACAGGUAUAAGUGUAGACAGGUGGGCACAGGUGUGUCCAUACAGCUAUUAGUGUAUACAGGUGAGUACAUGUGUGUCCUUACAGCUUUUUAUGUAAACAUGUGAGUGCCUGUGUGUCCUACAUCUAUAAACACAAACAGGUCACGUCAGUUGCUAGUACUACUCCAAAUUGACCAACUGAACAUCGCUGUAUUUUUGCUCAGCAAUAAGUGUCUCUUUCAAUAGCUGUAAAUGUAAGUUUAUAUAAAUAUAAAUGUGAUAUAAAUGCUAACGCAACAAAUAAAUUGUUAGCUCAACCUGAGUUUAUGUAUGCAAAUGAAAGGUAUUUGUGGCGCCAUACUUCUAUCAGCUGAUACGGGUGUGAAGGUAAUUAAGAUGGACAGGAAAGAAAGCCCUCCUUAAAUUACAACGGUUACUGGUACCUUUGAUCUUAAUAUCAGAAAAGUAGGUCAGACAGGUCGUGACGGUUUAAGGAUUACUUUGAUCUUAGUAUGAAAAAAGGAGGUUACGCGAGGCGGGACAUUGUAAGGAUUAUUAUAAUAGAAAACAGCAAAUUGUUCCGUCAAGUUGUAUUAUUGAAAGGUAUUUAAGUGUCUUUUUGCAUCAGUGAGUUCUUCGAGUAGACAGGUGAGCAAGUGUGACAAAACCCUGAAUGCUGAUAGCAUCUGUGAGUUGUGCGAGUAGACAGGUGAGCAAAUGUGACAAAACCCUGAAUACUGAUAGAAUCAGUGAGUUCUGCGACUAGACAGGUGAGUAAGUGUGACAAAAACCUGAAUGCUGAUAGAAUCAGUGAGUUCUGCGAGUAGACAGGUGAGUAAGUGUGACAAAACCCUGAAUGCUGAUAGCAUCAGUUAGACAGGUGAGUAAGUGUGACAAAACCCUGAAUGCUGAUAGCAAUGUCGUGGGAGAAUCAACUGGACAGGUGUUAUCAACGAUAAAAGGCGGUCAGCUGUAAGGAUGUGUGGAGAGCUUGGUGAGAGGACAGAUUGGUGAGAUGACAGAUUGGUGUAAGGACAGCUUGAUGUGUGGACAGCUAGGUGUUAGGACAGAUUGGUGUAAGGACAGCUUGGUGUAAGGAAGCUUCGUGUAAGGACAGCUUGUGUAAGGACAGCUUGUUGUUAGGACUGGUUGGUGUUAGGACUGGUUGGUGUAAGGACAGCUUGGUGUAUGGACAGCUUGGUGUAAGAACAGCUUGGUGUUUGGACAGCUAGGUGUAAGCACUGUUUGGUGUAAGGACAGCUUGUUGUAAGGACAGCUUGAUGUUAGGACUGUUUAGUGUGAGGACUGUUUGGUGUAAAAACAGCUUGAUGUAAGGACAGCUUGGUGUAAGGACAGCUUGGUGUAAGGACAGCUUGGUGUAAGGACAGCUUGGUGUUUGGACAGCUAGGUGUGAGGAAAGAUUGGUGUAAGCACUGCUUGGUGAAAGGUCAGCUUGGUGUAAUGACAGCUUGGUGUAAGGACAGCUUGGUGUAAGGACAGCUAGGUGUGUGGACAGUUAGGUGUGUGGACAGUUAGGUGUGAGGACAGAUUGGUUAAGAACUGCUUGGUGUAAGCACUGCUUGUUGUAAGGACAGCUUGGUGUAAGGACAGCUUGAUGUUAGGACUGUUUAGUGUGAGGACUGUUUGGUGUAAGAACAGCUUGAUGUAAGGACAGCUUGGUGUAAGGACAGCUUGGUGUAAGGACAGCUUGGUGUAAGGACAGCUUGGUGUUUGGACUGUUUGGUGUGAGGACUGUUUGGUGUAAGGACAGCUUUGGUUUAAGGACAGCUUGGUGUAAGAAAAGCUUGGUGUUUGGACAGCUAGGUGUGAGGACAGAUUGGUGUAAGCACUGUUUGGUGUAAGCACUGUUUGGUGUAAGCACUGUUUGGUGUAAGGACAGCUUGGUGUGAGGAAGCUUGGUGUUUGGACAGCUAGGUGUGAGGACAGAAUGGUGUAAGCACUGCUUGGUGUAAGGGCAGCUUGGUGUAAUGAAAGCUUGGUGUAAGGACAGCUUGGUGUAAGGACAGCUUGGUGUAAGGACAGCUUGGUGUAAGGACAGCUAGGUGUGUGGACAGCUAGGUGUGAGGACAGAUUUGUUAAGGACUGCUUGGUGUAAGUACUGCUUGGUGUAAGGACAGCUUGGUGUAAGGACAGCUUGAUGUGAGGACUGUUUGGUGCGAGGACAGCUUGAUGUAAGGACAGCUUGGUGUUAGGACUGGUUGGUUUUAGGACUGGUUGGUGUGAGGACUGGUUGGUGUGAGAACAGCUUGGUGUAAGAACAGCUUGAUGUUAGGACUGGUUGGUAUUAGGACAGCUUGAUUUGAGGACUGUUUGGUGUUAGGACUGGUUGGUGUUAGGACUGGUUGGUGUGAGAACAGCUAGAUGUAAGGACAGCUUGAAGUAAUGACAGCUUGAUGUAAGGACAGGUGGUGUAAGGACAGCUUGAUGUAAGGACAGCUUGCGUUGGCUUCUCAUCUCAACUUCUAGUUCAAUGUUUAAAACAUUUUCUUAUCCUUAAAUAUGGCAGCUUAAAAAAAUCCACCGUAAAAUUAGUUCAUUUAUUUUCUUUGAGCUGCCUAGAAUGCUAUCUGAAAUCAUUUCAGGGAAUAGUCGAGUAAAUAAAUUCUAUCUGAUAUAUAUAUAUAUUUUUUUUUUUAAGUAAUAGUUGAGUAGAUGAACAAAAACUAAUAAAAUAUUGCGACCCAUCCCAAAGGAAAAACAAAUAAUCACACAAAAACAGUUACUGUAGUUUUCUUUAAUGCUAAGUUGAUCAUAGGGCACCCAAAAAGUGCAAUGAAUUAUGUGGACAUUUCUGCAGGUUUAAAUAGAUUAAAAAACAAUAAAUGACUCCCUAUAAUAAGUCAUUCAAAUUAGCUAAGCCAAACAUGGCGGCUAAUCUGUUCGCUGUCAAGAAUCGGAAAGCUACAACAGACGGCUGAGCGCCCCCUUACUGCGCAAAAAAAAAAAAAAAAAAAAAAAAAACCCCCCAUUUGGCCGAAAAUGACGCCCUGUAAAUAAGAAAGACGGGGGCCGUCAGGGGUGGACUACCCUCUCCUCACCUCAUUCGUACGCCCCUUGCUGGUGAUGUGAAUGUAGCAAGGAGAGUACAACAACGGAUUUAAGCUGAAUCUGGAAAAUGCCCCCCCACCCCUCACCCCCACGCGGAAAAAAAUGAGGAGGAGGGUGAGGGGGUUGUAGUUAUUACAUUAGAAAUGGUUGAUUUAAUAUUACUCUUAAAUAAUUUUCGAUAAAUAUUAAAACAACUUUUGGCUCUCACGUCAUUUACUCUGAUUACAUAAUAGUUUUUAUUUUUUUAAAGAACAUUGAUAGAAAAUUCGUGGGUCGGGUCAGUGCUGUAUUUCCUGUAUCUUUAGUGUACUCAUGAUGGGGACAUUUCUUGGGGACAAGGUAGGUGAUACACGGCUAAGGGGAUUGCACUCUUGUUCAAAACUUUUAAUGAAUAUUGACCCGGUGGCGACAGAGCUUUCGGUUAAAUCCCCUUUACUUCCUUAACAUUGGUUAAUGCUUUCAAUACGAUAGUAUGUCCUCAAUGACCCCCUCCCCCCCCCCUAAACAGCUCCCCGGGUACCUAUUGCACAGAACACUGUUUGUUUGGCGUGCUUGUACUUAGAACCAUGCUAUACUGGAUGUCUAGUCCAGAGAUUGUAUCAAGACAAAUGGUGAAACAGUUGAUUUAAAAAAGGAUGAUUUUUUUAAUGCGGCUAGUUUGGCUUCGCUCUAUUGUUUGUUUAUUGUUUGGUUAUUGUUUGGUUAUUGUUUGGUCAUUUUAUAUUUUAUUUUUUGUUAAUGUUUGUUUGCGGGUUUAAUAUUUUUGUUGUUUUUUUUUCCGUUUUUUUGUUUGUGUCGGGAAGGCCUGGGUAGGAAAGGGAAAUUUCUAUACGACUGAUCAUUCGAUGAUCAAUCACGGUCAGAAAGGAUGAAAGUAUAUAAUUUAACUAAAUAAUGCAUUUCUGUAUCCUACCCUUAUUGACUUUAACCCAUUAUUGUAUAAGAGGCUUGUUUGCUAAUUAUGAGUUCAAAGAAAUGGAAUGAAUCAAACAGACAGACAGGAAAAACAGACAGGACAGACGUGAUACACAGGACAGACAAGCAUGACAGGGUGGACAGAAAGGACAAACAGAAAGACAGGACAAACAGACAGGACAGACAGACGUGAUACACAGGACAGACAGACAUGACAUGAUUGACAGACAUGACAGGAUAGACCGACAGGACAGACAGAUAGACAGGACAGGGCAGACGGACAUGAUAGACAGGGCAGACAGACAGACAGAUAGACAGGACAAAAAGAGAGACAAAAUAGCCAGACAUAACAAACAUGAUAUAAAUGACACACAUGACAGAUGGGACAUACAAACAUAUGUGACAGGACAGACAGAAAGACCUACAGACACAACAGACAUGAUAGAUAGACAGACAGACAGACAUACAGAAAAACAGGCAGCAGGCAGACUAAUAGUGCUCAUAUCAGCUUGAAUAUAAUGUUUCUGAACAAUUUAGAAAAUCUAAUGAACGCUUACUUGGACAUAAUACUUUGAAAGACUCAACUAAAUCAAUAUUUAAUUCUGAUUUCAAAGAAUGAGUUUUUGUAAUCGAAUACUCGAGUCAACUUUAAUCUGCGCGAUUCCUUUAUGAUGUCAUAAGUGGGAUUUUGCCUUUAUGAUGUCAUAAGUGGGAUUUUGAGAUUAUGGGGUAAUUACAAAAAAAAAGUUUCUUUGAUCAUUUUUUUAAUGGCUUUACUCGUAGUUUGUAAUGUUUAGAGCCAUCAUAAUGUAACAUAUCUUUUGACGCAUCAGUCUUGUCUGCCACAUGCUCUACCGUUGAACAGUGACAGCCGAUCGCAGACACAGACUAAUUGAGGAAAGCAAACGGCACAGCACUCUUGCGACAUGGUGUAGUGCAUUGUUAUCUCUCCUUUGAGGACUUGCCCGGAAGGAUGUGGUGGGCGUACACCGGUGUCUCGAUUGGUUUCGCCCCCCCCCCCAACCAAAAUUAUCAUAGCCUGGUCAUUGAUAUGGUUAAGAUUUCCUCCUUUUAUAGUCAAAAUUUGAAAUAUUGCACUUCAAACACAGUUCAUAAACCUUAAUUACAGCAUGCACUUUACAAAGACGUGACUCACGGAAUUUAGAAAAGGAAGUAUUAUACAUCAUCAUUAUUAUUGUUUUUAGUAUUAUGAGUUUUUUUUUUGUUACUUUUUUUGUUUUUAAUUAUUCAAUUUUUAAAAAAAUUAUUUUUUUAUAUUUUUAUUACCGUUAUUCUUAUAACCAUUAUGUUUUGUGAAAAUCAACAAUAAAAUAAUUUUAUUUUAAUUAAAUUUAUAAAUUUACUGUUCUUCUUCUUUUGAUUAUUAUUAUUAUUAUUUCUAUUAUUAGUAUCAUUGUCAUUGCGAUAAGUAUUGUUUUUAGUAUUGUUAUUUACAUGUUGUUCAGACUUUUCCCAAGUGUAUCUUAACAAAGCUCUAUAACGACAUAUAUUUUGCUACUACCAUUGGCUCUUAUAAAACUUGGUACUUCCAAAUAGUAAAACUUUAGAUUUUUCCAACGAUAAACGUAUGAUUAAUGGACGCUUCAUGUCCAUUAACUUAACCACGGCUGACAUCUUUGAUGUCUCCAAGCUUAAUUGCGGCUGACAUCUUUGAUGUCUCCAAGCUUCAUUGCGGCUGACAUCUUUGAUGUCUCCAAGCUUCAUUGCGACUGACAUCUUUGAUGUCUCCAAGCUUCAAUGCGGCUGACAUCUUUGAUGUCUCCAAGCUUAACCACUGCUAAUACCUUUUAAGUCACCAAGCUUAAGCACGUCUUACAUCUUUGAUGUCCCCAAGCUUCACCAAGGCUGACAUCUUUGAUGUUCCCUAACUUAUCCACGGCUUACAUCGUUCAUAUCCCCAAAUUUAACCAAGGCUUGCAUCUUUGAUGUCCCAAGCUGAAUUACUGCUUGCAUCUUUGAUGUCCCUAGCUCAACCACUGCUUACAUCUUUGACGUCCCCCAAAUUUAGCCACGGGUUACAUCUUUGAUGUCCCCAAGCUUAACCACUGAUCACAUCUUUGAUGUCCCAAGCUGAACUUUUGCUUGCAUCUUUGAUUUCUCCUACUGGCUGAACCACGGUAUACGUUUGCUCACUGACCUAAAUGACAGGCCACUGAUACCGAAUAGAGUCACAGCACACUUCUUUUAACGUUUUUUGAAUACUUGAGUCCGUUUCACUUCCAACCAAAUCAAGAUACACUCACCUCACACCGUGACCGGCCCUGAUUACUGGCAGAACCCCUGGUGGAAAAGGAAGUGUUGUUUUUGUGUGUGUGUGUGUGUGUAUGGGUUGUUGUUUUUUUCCGUCAAUGAAUUCAGUUUAAUUCCCUCCCCUGUUUAGCUCUUUCAUUGGUUCGAAUUCUGCACGUUUCAGAAUAAAUUGCUAAGAAAUAAAAUUAGAAAAAACUCAUGUUAAAUUCAAACUAAUGAACUCUAUUUGUCUAGCAUUUCAUUCUAUUUUUUAAAUUAAUUUUAUUUUUCGUUUGUUUUUUGUUUAAGGAAACAAAACAAUCUAUUAUUUGAAUCACUUAAAGAAAAUGGAACUUGUAAUGAAAUAUAAUUUUCAUAGAGUGUUUAAUUAAAUUAAUUUUUUAUUUUUUUUAUUUUUGUUUUUUGGUGAUAGUUUUAGUUCCACUUUUUGACUUAUCACAUUCCAAUAUUAACCCUUGGGUCUUUACUCAUUUAACGAUUUAAGAGCCCAGCAGGUUUUAUAAAUUGUGUUUCGUGGACCUUAGUAGGGUUUUGAACUAAACAAAGGGUAUAGUGCUGUAACGUUCAUCCAAUAACUAGGGACUGAUUUAUUAAAUAACUAUGCGGAACAAGCUUAAAAUUACGGAUCUUUAUCUCAAAGCAUCUUAAAUAAUCUAGAAAAGACAAGACAAGGAGUGGAGGGGCUGCUAUGCAUGGAGAAGGAAAGAAGUGCAAUUAUAUUUUGCCAAAAUUAUUUUGGUGGCUCUCUAUUACAGGAAUUAAAUGACGAGCCUAGAAAACAUCCCUGCAUCUAUGUAUGAAAUAGUUUAAAGGUAUCCCGGCAGUCAUUAUGCUUUGAUUUGUUUGGUUUUGUCUAAUUUGAACUAGAAUAUGUAUAGUAAAACUAUAUUUUUGUCUCAACCAACAAUCAACUAAAAUAGGAUUUUGUAUUUAUAAUAAAAAAAUUAAAACAAAAAGGCAAGGGUGCGAUCAUCUCCUGCAUAAGGUAAGCAAAACUGACAUCAAGCUGACAUGACAUUUAUCACAUUCCAUUUCUCAACUCGCGUGCCUAUUUUCGGUAUUUAAUAUCACCCCUAAAAAAUAACACGUCAUCAAUGAAUCGCAUGCCUGUGCUGUCUGCCCCCCCUCCCCGCUUUUCCUAAUUUCCCUUUAAACCCGCCAAAAUCUUUCCCUAUAAAAAUCCAGAAGCCAUCAAAAGUGAUGAAUCCAAUUUUGUCAGCCAUUUUCAUUGGCACAAUCCAAUUCUUCAGCGCUCAGCGCUAUUAAUGUUUGUCUUAUCCAUAAGAGAGAAAACCAGGAAGAAAAAAAAAAAGAAAAGAAAAUCACCAACGAAUAAUUGCCCUUCUGAAAACAUUUAAUGACAAUUACAUGUAUAAUUAGGUUGCGUUUUUAAACCCAUCUCAGUGUCAUCCAUUACCAUAUCCGUUGUUAUUCUCCUUCUCGUGUUGUCAGUUUUAUGCAAAUGUGCAAAUUCUUUGUUUUCCAAAAAAAAAAAAAUAAUAAUAAUCGUGAAUAAGAAGCACGCAAAUUCAGACCAGAACCUUUAUUGAUAUAUACACUGAUCGCUUUUUUAGAGAGUAGCUGUAGACAGGACUUCUAAAUUACUGCAUUAACAAGACUUAUGAUUCGUCCCAAAAUUAAGAUUUGUUUUUUUCCACGGACAAACAAAUGAAUGUUGAUGUAAUUUGGAUAAUUUGUAUAAAAUAUAUUAUAAUAUGAUAAUAUAGUCGAGAACACUUUCAAACAUGGAUACCAAUAAAUCGCGACACACACACACAAUACUAGUCUUCUAGAUUUCACUUUAUCAAAUACUAAAGCAUUGUUAGGCCAAGUCUAAAAUAGCUUUUCCAUUCAAUAUAAACGCUUAUUCCAGUCAAGAUCAAUCAUCCCGCUUCUUCCAGUCCAGAGCAAUCAUCACAAUCCUUUCUCCUAUCACAACUGAGCGUUAGUACAUGAAAACAUUAUAACAUCAAUAAUCCUACAGCCAUGACUACUAAAACAAAUAACCAUCUGUUCAUAUUUAUUGUGGUUCUUUUUUUUUUUUCUAUUCAUUCUCUUCUCAUUCAGAUUCAUCGCAGUGACCCAACCGAUCAAGUACGCCAAGCACAAGAACUCGAAGCGCGUGUUCAUCAUGCUCGCCAUCACCUGGGUCAUCUCCGUCGCCAUAGCAGCGCCGAUCGCCCUCGGGGUCAACUACUCCAGCGAGCGGAACGUCGGCGACUGCCGAUUCUUCAACUCGGAUUUCAUCAUCUACUCCUCGAUGGGCUCCUUCUACAUCCCGUCCAUCAUCAUGAUCUUCCUUUAUUGGAAGAUCUACAAAGUCAUACGCCUGCGGGCGCUCAAGGCGAAGAAGGCGAAACGGAUGCGUGACGUCGACCGCAGGGCGCUGCAGGGCGUCAUAGAGAACCCGGCCACCACGGCCGGGGCGGCCCUCAACGACACCGGAGGUGUGUACGGGGCGUCGGAGGCCACCGUCACGACGGGGCUGGCCAAGAUGGACAACGGCCGGGUGACGUACAACACGACGACGUCGUCGAAGGCGACCACGUCACGUUUCCUCGCCACGCACGCGGGUGACGACGGGUCCAUCACGAACGUCAAUUCCAACUCGGAUGAUAAUUCGAACGACGACGAGGACGACGAGAGCCCGAGCGGGAGCGGAAGUGCCAACAACAACACGAACGCUAACGAUUCUAAAUGCCUUGGAGUAGCGAAGGUCGUCGCGCAGGUGAACCCGAAACUGCUGCGGAACGUGGAGGUCGCCGAGCUCAUCUCGAACCCGGUGGCCGAAGAGUUCGACCGACUGGAGACGGCGGAGCAACGCGCGGCCAUGGCGCUAGGGAAGAACGGGGGAUGCUCCACCGCGUUGGACGGUGGAACGUCCGCGUCGGCGUCCACUUCCGGUGGGGUCGCGGUCACGUGCGCCAACGAAGCGGAGACGCCUUUCACCUCCCUGGUGUGCAAGGGGGACACGAGUGACAAUGCUGACGCCACCGAGGGGAUGCUGAGCCCCAAGAAGAAGACGAAGAGGGAUCACAAGAAGGGCGUCACCAAGUUCAACUUUCACAUGCGCACGAGCCGGAAGCGGAAGGAGAAGUCUUCUUCGAAGCGGGAGAAAAAAGCCACCAAGACCCUUGCUAUAGUCUUAGGUGAGAAUUAAUUUAUUUCUCAUUAGUUCACUUUUAAAUAUAAUAAAGUUGAAAUAUAAUAAGCCCCCAUCCCUUUUUUUUCCAAACACCACCUCCCCCCCCCCCAAAAAAAAAAAAAAAAAAAAAAAACCGAACUCUUUAAAACAAUAGCACAAACAUAAAAAUAUUAUGAAUUUUGUAUUAUGUUCUUAAAGAAAAUGUAUUUACUUUCAUAAAAUCUUGUUCUUUUAAAAAAAAAAUGUGUCUUUCCCUGCAGGGGCGUUCUUAGUAUUUUGGGGGCCCUAAGCAUGGUGCGUAGGUAGGGUCCCUAGAAUCCCCCCUCACAGCCCUCCCCCCCCCGGGGGGGCUGAGGAGAACUGUGAAGCUGCAAAAUAGACCUUAGAAGAGAGAUUUAUAUCCCACUACCUCCUUUCCUCGACACUGUCUUCCUGACACAACAUUGUUUUACUCAAAAUGUUCUCUCUUGACCCACACUUCACUGCCCACCCACCAAUGCGGCACCACUAUUCUAUCUUAGUCACUGUUUCCUCCCUGCUCGCGUGUAUUGAUAAUUGAUAAUUAUUGAUAAUUGAACCUUAUUGAUAAUUCCGCCAUUAGAGAAAAUCUGUACUUCUGAAAUAUAUAAUGGGCUUGCAAGUCGUAUGCUGAAAGAAAAAAAACGCCAGACCGGGCCCCCUUGGCAGUGGGAGCCUAGACGGUCGCCUACUUUGCCUAUGCGUAAGAACGGCCUUGGCUUUGGGACCCUAUACGGUCGCCUAGUUUGUCUAUUCCUAAGAACGGCCUUGGCAGUGGGAGCCUAUACGGUCGCCUACUUUGCGUAUUCCUAAGAACGGCCUUGGCAGUGGGAUCUUAGACGGUCGUCUAGUUUUCCUAUGCCUAAGAACGGCCUUGGCACUGGGACCCUAGACGGUCGCCUUGUUUUCCUAUGCCUAAGAACGGCCUUGGCACUGGGACCCUAGACGGUCGCCUUGUUUUCCUAUGCCUAAGAACGGCCUUGGCACUGGGACCCUAGACGGUCGCCUAGUUUUCCUAUGCCUAAGAACGGGCCUUGGCACUGGGACCCUAGCCGCUCCCCUUGCUUUCCUAUGCCUAAGACCGGCCUCGGCACUGGGACCCUAGACGAUAGACGGUCGCCUUGUUUUCCUAUGCCUAAGAACGGCCUUGGCACUGGGACCCUAGACGGUCGCCUAGUUCUCCUAUGCCUAAGAACGGCCUUGGCACUUGGGACCCUAGACGGUCGCCUAGUUCUCCUAUGCCUAAGAACGGCCUUGGCACUGGGACCCUAGACGGUCACCUAGUUUUCCUAUGCCUAAGAACGGCCUUGGCACUUGGACCCUAGACGGUCGCCUUGUUUUCCUAUGCUUAAGAACGGCCUUGGCACUGGGACCCUAGACGGUCACCUAGUUCUCCUAUGCUUAAGAACGGCCUUUGCACUUGGACCCUAGACGGUCGCCUAGUUUUCCUAUGCUUAAGAACGGCCUUGGCACUGGGACCCUAGACGGUCGCCUUGUUUUCCUAUGCUUAAGACCGGCCUUGGCACUUGGACCCUAGACGGUCGCCUUGUUUUCCUAUGCUUAAGAACGGCCUUUGCACUGGGACCCUAGACGGUCGCCUAGUUUUCCUAUGCCUAAGAACGGCUCUGACCCCUGCCAUCCCCAGCCCAAAACAAGAACAACGACAAAAGCAAACAAUAUCCACAAAAGACUUAUUACCAAGGUCAUGAUCCCCCCCCCCCCCAUUUAAGACCUAUACGUAAAGACAAAGCUCCUCAAUAGUUAUGCCGCGAGUUGGUACCUUGUUCCGCGAAGUGGUGCCGUGUGCAGCGAUAUGGUACCCUGUUCCGCGAAGUGGUGCCGUGUGCAGCGAGAUGGUACCAUGUUCCGCGAAGUGGUGCUGUGUGCAGCGAGACGGUACCAUGUUCCGCGAAGUGGUGCCGUGUGCCGCGACAUGGUAAUGAGUGCUGCAAAAUAGUACCGUAUGUACUAAAUGGAUGUCCCUUAAUGUAGAGAAAUACUUUGUGCUUACAAAGCUCUUUUCAUGUUAACUACGUUAUGUUACUUUGUAUAUUUUUGGGCAUGUUUUGUCUUGUGGUGUGCCGCGAAAUUCUUAGAGAGGUCUCUGGUGUGCCGCUGGUCAAAUAAAGUGGCGUAGGUUUUUUUAAAAACCAAAUACUGAGUAUUCUUUAAUUAGCAUGAGAAUGUGAAAUGUAGGUGAACUUGCACUCAGUAAGGCAUAAAAUGUAGUUGUACUUGCAGUAAGGCAUAAAAUGUAGGUGUACUUGCAGUAAGGCAUACAAUUUAGGUCUACUUGCAGUCACCAGAGCAUAAAAUGUAGUUGUACUUGCAGUAGGACAUAAAAUGUAGGUGUAAAACGUAAAAUAUGACAGUACUUGCAAUACGUCGUAAAAUGCAUUUGUACUGUCAAUAAGAUGUUGAAUAGAGAUGCACUAGCAAAUUGGUGUAAUUAGGUACCUCUAUUAAACAAAAUUCACCUUAAAAUUCCUGUUGAUCUCUUAAGACUCAGUGUAACAUCAAGACCUUGCACACUUCUGUUACAAUCGAUCACAUCACACACACACACACAUACAAGUACACACACAAACUGCAGUUGGCUUUGUAAACACAAAUGUCACAGACAUCAUUGUGUGUACGUCUGGUAUUAGCUGUGGGGUAAAAUUCGGGCUUGGGGUCGGGGUGGGCUGGGGUUGGGGAUCAGAACAACUGGGCUGUAGAAUGUCAGCGCGAGGCUAUUAUCGGACAUCAAUGAGAUGUCCACUCUGCGACACGUGACGUCUGGUUUAGAAAGGUCAAAAGGACCUGGCCGAACAACAGCAAUUAGAGUGUGCUGUGCUGCAACGUGCAUGAACAUUUACGGCACCAACGUAAUUAAGCAGAAGCGGGAGGAGGAGGGGGGAUGGGUUGUUUUAGAUUGGAGCUAAAAUCUAGGGUGAAAUUCAGUGGAAGAUGCAACCUUUAAUAUAUAGAACACAUGGUCUUAUACUAGAUAAGAAUUAAUUCACAAAGCUCAAAGUCAAGUAUUCGAUUUAUUGGUCCAAUCUUAGUAUAAUAAAUAUACCAAUUAACAUACAAGUCAACUCAUUCAAAUGUAAACAAAAGAAAAUAAUAUCUUGUAUUUCGUAUUUACUUCUUGAUGAAUGAGAACCACUAAAAGAAAAAUUUAAAAAAAUCAACUGAAAUGAAGAUGAAACAAAAAAAAAUAAAAAAAUUAGAGUUUGCGUGUUAAAAGUAAACAAUGGAAAACAAAACAUAAUGACGUCACUGUCUGUCGUGGUCAGUUAAUGAGUUGGAAAUCAUCUUUUAUUUUUUUUAAAAGUUAAAAUGAUUUUGAAAUGUUCUAUAUCGUCUGGGGUACAGCCACGAAGAGAAAACAAAUGCAAUUUUCGUAGAGCAAAGAGCAGAUGGAUUGGUUAAUCUCAUUUCUGGUUGCCAUAGUUUGGCAAUGUAAACUUUGAUUCGAUAAUGAUACCGUAACUCGAGGGAAAAGCUUUACUCAGAAUAGAUCUAUAACAUUUAUUUUAAGAACUAUCAAAUGGGGUCUGCUUUAAUUAGCCCUAAGCGACUUAGUCGAAUCGAUUUUAGAACAAUAAACAUAAUUUUUGGGUCCAAUACAAAUUGGAAUUUGUAAAAAUACAUAAGAAAACUUGUUUAAAGACUUUUUUUUUUUUAUCGAAAACGAUUUUAAAUGUUCUAGAACGAAGACAAUAAUUCUCUUAAAAUAUCUUUAAAAAUCAUUACAUUUUAUGUCCAAGGGUUAUUUCCAAGUUGACACAAAAUACUCUCAAACAAAUAUCCUGACUUCCUCGCAAACUUUCCAAAUCCUCGAUUGUUUCACUGCAUUAAUUCUGUUGGUUUAUUUGAAAUCAGAAAAUCCUCAGUCUACUGGAUGGGUGAAACGUACUGAAAAUCAUUUUAAUUCCACGGCAUUCUUAUCUAUUUUGUCAUUAUGUUGUUUCAAAAUGUUUAGAACCACUGGGCAGUAGUUCUUGUUUGGGGAAAGCUACCAGCUUAUGUUCAUCUCGUGGUAUCAUUACUGCCGAGAUAAUCUAGACACGUUUUUGCCAUUUAGACGCGACAGAAAUAUCAGCUCAGCGAGUGCCUCUUAGACGAAGAGUGCCUCCCGUCCUGAUGCCUCCCGUCCUGCGAUAUAUUAAGAGGGAGAGGUGAGAAAGUCUUUCUUUUAUAAUCAAAGUAUUCUCAAACGGGGGCACACGUUCAACACAUGACCCAUAUAAUGUAUGCAUUCGUGAACAGACCUUGUGGUAGGUUUGUCUUUUUUUUUUAAAAUUGUUAUACUUUUCACUUGAAGUCCGUAGAGUCGAAAAAAAGCACAAAUCGCACUCCAGCUUUUGACGUCAUGAUAGCGUCGUUGAGUUAUGAAGGAGUCCAACUGAUUAGACUGCCACCCUUUCAUAUAUUAUCAAUGUAUCUUGGAAGUUCAUUUCUAGUUUAUUUGCGUCACUUUCUGUAAGAGGUCUGUGGGCUAUUUCAUGUCCAAUGGUAGUCUCAAAACCUAAACAAAAUGCAGACACACGCAGAUACAGAGUUCACCCUAUCCCUUAGAUGGUUUGAGAUGCGUUGAGGCUAUAAUAUAAAUAAUUAAUAAAUAAAUUUACAUAUAUAUAUAUAUAUAUAUAUAUAUAUAUAUAUAUAUAUAUAUAUAUAUAUAUAUAUAUAUAUAUAUAUUUUAUAUAUAUAUAUAUAUAUAUAUAUAUAUAUAUAUAUAUAUAUAUAUUAUAUUGAUAGUUAUAUGAAUAUAACACGCUGUGUCCUGAAACGUUUGACUAUGAUAGGAAAUAUCACCAGGUCAUUGUAGACUAGAAACAUUUAGAAAUCAAUUAAUCGAUUCGUAAACAAAUGACGUCAUUGCUUCUAAAGUUCAAUGUAUGGCUUCGAGGUUAAAAUUUUGGUUGAAACGAGGUACAAUAGUUGAGUGUGAAACAGAACUCAGACGUGAGCUGUAGCAACGUGAUGGCCGUGUCACGUGCCCAUUGUUUACAAUAACAUGUCACGUUCGGUCUCUGGGGAAGUGGUGUUGAUGGUUGCUCUCUUGCCUUUAUCUUUAUUUGAGCUCAAAAGGCAGGCUAAUUCGAUAGUAUACAACAGAUUGAAAAGAACAAAUGAGUCGCCACCACGGUUUCGUUUUGAACUGUCCAAAACCUUUCAGUUCGGAGUUAGAUUGAAAAAAAUGUAUGUUUUUCAAACUACAUGUUUCAUGAAACCCUACUGUUACCAGAAUGUGAGAUAAAGGAUCUGUCAUGUCGACCGUACGCCGUUGUCGACAACAACAAAAAAUCGUGAGAGAUGCUCAUCACGAUGGAGACGAAGAAAUUGUCACCACUUUUAAACAAAAUUCAUUAUUUUUAAGUCUCAUCUUACAUUUUUAUUACAAUGACUGCUUUCGGUGUUUUCGUUGUUUUUUUUCAUUCUCUAUUUUUUUAUUUUUUUAAAAAUAUAUAUGAUAUUCCGGAAACAACAAUGGCGAUCACUUAUGUUCUGAACUGUACUCUGUUUCUUGUCGUAUUUUCAUUUGUCCUCUCUGCCGAGGAAGGCUCCUAGCCGAAACGUUCACAUCUUAAUGGUCAUGUCUUUUGAUUCCAGUCUCCACAUUCCUUGUCCUACCAUUUCAUACACACACCUUGAACCUGGCAGUCCUUCAUUUAUUAAACAAACGUACAGACACAUGAAGAUGUGAACAUCGCUAUUCCUACCACCAGUCGUAGACAAAGAGAUCAAUGGAGCUUCAUUACGGCCAAGCUCCUGAAUCAACAUAAUAAUCAAAUUACGCACUUGAAAUAGACAACUUGAUCGCGUUUUGGGAAAAGUGGGGGAUCGAAUUUGACUAGACCUAAACAUGCGUUGGUAAAGACCUUCAACUUCUACAUAGCACUUAUUCUAAGCCACACGCAUCACGAUUCGUGACUAAUCUGUGUAAUUCUUUUUUGAGCUCUUUGACAUAUUCCGUUUAUGCCGUGACGUAGUACACAGCUUUUGGGUUGGAGAUAAAAAUGGUGGUGUUUAGAUUAUCGGGCUUCUCAAACUGUGUUGCGUUUUACUCCCGUCACCGACACAGUAAAUAGUUAUUGCAUGUGUUUAUCAAUAUUCUUGAUCAAUGGUUCAACGGAUUAUUACAUUCAUUUGUCAGACAGUUGUGUGACCUAGUUUUGGGAUAAGUGCACAUGCAAACAGGGCCGGCGCUAGGGGAUGGCGAAGUGGGCGACCGCCUAAGGCCCCGGGUUUGCGGGGCCCUGCGCGUUGCCGUAGUAUAAUUAUAAAAUACCUAAGCCUACUAAUCGUUCCUAAUCGAUAGUCAACGGUCCCGCAAAAUUCAAUUUACCCAAGGUCCCGCACCCUUCUAGCGCCGGCCCUGCAUGCAACAACAAUUACAUCCUCACUUUACACAUCCUCCUUACACAAACAGCCAUUGCGGUGUAAACAUGUGUUUACUAAAACAGCGCGCUUCGUCUUAUUCCCUCCCCCCCCCCCAGGGUCAUGUCCACGUAACUUUGUAACGGUGGUAAAAACUCCCUUGGCUAUUGUUACCAACAACAUUUAGCCACCAUUACCGGGCGCCGCUGGCGAGGGCCGAGAGUGUCGCACCCCGGGGGAGGAAUAAGCGAUACAUUCGAAGGGGGGGGGGGGGGAGGGGUGUGGCGAGGUUCUCUCAGCUCAGCAUUCGAUCGUCGUGCGAAAAGAAGGAAAAACGGCUCAAGUCCUAAUGGUGUGUAUUUGAUCAGGUGUAAAUCUCUUGAUUCGCUACAUUCUUAUUGUUAAACCAUUCUAUGGCUAUUUCAAGCAAUAGGAUUUUCUUUUUCUUUCUUUUUUUUUUCCCAGUUGCUAUACAUUUCCUUUUGUGAUAGCGUUUUAGAGGAAAGAUUAAGAGGGGGAAAUUACCCUAGGUGCAACCUUGACAUUGAAAGUGCAUGCGUCCUUCAAGAUAACGUUAAUGAGGAUAUUUUUGGAAAAGCGUGUUUUUUGGUUUUUUGUAAGCUGUUUUUACAUUUUGAAAACUGGUUAAGUCCAGAGUACAUGUUUUUUGGGGGGAAGGAAUUCUUAAAUAAAUAAACCUCAGAGCUUUGAGACACACUGCAGUGUAAAAAUGGGAGAGUAACUGAUGAGUAGAACUCGCAGAACUUACAGAGCUACUGGUCAGUAGAUUUCCCAAAGACAUUGUCGGUAGAACUUACAGAUCCGUUGUCAGUAGAACUUACAGAGCUACUGUCAGUAGAUUUCGCAGAGACAUUGUCGGUAGAACUUACAGAUCCGUGGUCAGUAGAACUUACAGAGCUACUGUCAGUAGAUUUCAGGGGGUGUUCAGGGGAGGUGCGCUCCGUGCGGCACAUUUGUCUAUAUUUUUAAGGGCGACAUUUUUCUGUCAACUGCUUAAUAUAUUUCGUUGAUGUACAAAUGGGAAUGGGGGGGGGGGUAAAAUUCUUGGUCGGCAUCAGGCGUCACUAACCCUAGCUACGCCCCUGAAAAGGCCCCUCUACGUCUGGACAUUGAAGGUUAGCACAUACGGCCGUCUGAGUCAUUAAACAUAGUUUAAAGUGGGUUUCAGCGACUCGUCCUAGUGCACUGAUCUAUCUUUCCAUAAGGGACAUCACCUGGGAAAGUUACACUGGCCCUGCGUUUUGGCAGCUAUGCCCUUUUACACCCAGGUCGAAGCAGAUCAAGGUGUUUGAGAAGAAUGAGGUCAAGUUUACAAUUCAAUUCAAAACAUUUUUAUUUUAUCCCCAAAAUAUUUAUUUUUUCAUUCUUUUCAUUUCUUCUAUAUGGAUAAAUAUUAGAGUGCAAUUUAAUAUAGUCUCUGUACUAAAGGAAAUAAGUGAAUCAAAGAAAAUAAUUUAUAAAACUUUAAUUCAAGCAUGGAAAAGAUAUGCUUUAGCAAGGUUUGAGUAGAAGGCAGGCCAAAGCCCUACUUGGGCUGUAGCGCUACAGGGAUGGAUGGAAUGUGCAUAUUCUCUAUUUAUUGUGUACAAUUCCAAUCUAGUGUUGGCGUUCUCGGUAUGUCUAACUUGUAAUCCUAUCUAUCCCCCAGGUGUAUUUCUCUGGUAUAUCUAGCCCGUCUCUAACCCCCUCUCUUCCCCCUCUCUACCCCACUCUCUAACCCUCUCUCUAUCCACCCGGUGUGUUUCUCGUGUAUAUCUAACAUAUGCACUUCUCUAUCACCCCCAGGUGUAUUUCUCGUGUGUUGGGUGCCUUUCUUCACGCUGAACAUCAUCAGCGCCAUCUGCAUUAGAUACGACCUGGACGAGUACCCGGCAUGCAACAUGAACCCCAUUUACAUCAGCAUGGCCCAGUGGCUCGGCUACAUCAACAGCUUCCUCAAUCCCGUCAUCUACACCAUCUUCAACCCGGAGUUUAGGAAAGCGUUCCGGAAGCUGCUAACCGACCCGUGUAGAUGA